AUGGCUGCCAGCACUGCGGCUACAUGUCUGCUGCCUCCGGUGAAGAGCGUGGUGGUGUACAGGAAUGGAGACCCCUUCUACACCGGCCGGAGGUUCGUGGUCAACCAGCGGCAGGUGGCCACCAUGGAGGCCUUUCUGAACGAAGUGACCCAGAGCAUCGGCGCCCCUCUCGCCGUCCGGACCCUGUACACCCCCCGGCAGGGCCACAGGGUCACUGACCUCCACGAUCUUCGAACAGGAGCCCAGUACGUUGCUGCUGGCUUCGAGAGGUUCAAGAAACUGGAUUACCUGAACACUGGAGCUAAAAAGCAGCCCGCGGCUCGUGAAGACACCCAGGCCAAAGUCACGCAGAGGCCCAACGUUUCAGCCAAAUGGAGGAAGUUCAUACCCGUCCCCUGCAUCAUACAUGUCUUCCGUAACGGAGAUCUCCUGUGUCCACCGUUCCGCUUCAUCAUCCCUCGGAGCUUGCAGCAGGACCUGGAGCAGAUCCUGAGUCUGAUCACGGAGAAGGUCAGCUUACGGACCGGAGCGGUGCGCAGGCUGUGCUCGUUGGAAGGAGUGACUGUGUCCUCAGCUGGGGAGCUGGAGACCGGCCACUGCUACGUUGCCGUGGGAACCGAGAGGUUCAAGAAACUUCCAUAUGUGGAGCUGUUGGUUUCAAAAGCAGCAGAGAGAUACUACCCUGGAAAGAGGAGGCUGCUGAGGAGAGCUGAGAACAGGAAAGCAGGCAGCGGUCCAGAAGACCAGUACAGUGACUCAGCUCUGCUCGACUCCCCAGAGUCAGAUGGUCGGAGAGUGAAGUCGACAGGAGAUGAAGCUGCAGCUCCUCAAGCCUCGCAGCAGAGGAGCCGGAGGGAGGGAGCCGACGAGGCCUCGGUCUUCUUCGCCAGGCCCGUCAAGAUCCGCAAGAACAGGAUGCAAACGAGACCACCUCUCAGCAACGGAUCUGUUCAGCCCAGCGUCUUUAAAAGAGCAGCUCGCAAAAGGAGAGAGGAAGUGCGAGGAGCCGAGGAGGUGCAGGAGGACGAGAACACGGCCACGGAGCUUCCUGUUGAUCAGAGAGCUGCAGAAAUAGUGGAAGAUGAGGAGCUGAACGGCACAGAUGAUCCUCUGCACGGCACACAGCAGAGACAUGCACAAAUGAUAAAGAGCGAGCAUCACGGUGACACAGAACACCCACACGAGGCCGACGAGCAGCAGGCGCUGCCAUCUGAACAAGAGUCCAGCGCUGAAACACAGGAGUCCAAACAGACGUCAGCGUCCAGGCCUUCGUCGUCCACCUCUCAGGGAAGAACCUGUGAUGAGAAGGAGAACCCACCGGACCCGCCCUCAGCUACAGCAGAGGAAACCGUCACGGCACCCUGACAGACCCUCUGAUGACCGGCCGUACGACACGACUAAAUGAAUGUUUGAUUAAAUCCAUAGCGCUUUAAUGAGCCGAGCAACAAAAUGAACUCAUGUUGUUUUCCUGUAGAACCAUGUAAAAGUCAAACAUGUGAACCAACCGGGCUCCUCCUGCAUGGUACCGCUGGCUGCUGUGUUUUACAGGGAUGAUGCUGGUGACUCUGUACGUGGUGGAUGCUGCGUGUUAGUCCUUUGUUCUGUAUGUACAUAAGGAAAGCAUGUGAUAGGCUGUAGGUGUUUGAUUUGCAUAAAAAUGUGAUGAACACAUAACAAGUGAAGAGUUGCCAACAUUUUAUUAAUAAACAUUAGUGACGACACAGGAACAGAUACGACAGUCAUCAGUACAGUGUCUUGUAUCUAUGAAGUACUGUGACAAUAAAACAUAUAUAUUACUAUGUA